AUGAGCAUUGAUAUAUUUGGACGAUCGUUGAAAAAUGGUGUUGGAGUCAGCGGACCACCAGGACCACGUGGACAAGGUUUCAAAAUAACUACUGAUGGACAAUAUGAUAUAGAGAGUAGGAGACUGUGUAAUGUUGAUAAUCCUAUAAGUGUUAAUGAUGCAGCAACUGUACAAUUUGUUCAAAAAGAACUGUCUGUAAUGUAUAACAGUUUCAUGACAGAACAAUCAGAAGUCAUUUCACAUUUGCACUCCCAAGUGUUUGCGUGGACAGUUCCAAUCAAAAGGAAGACAGGUGUUGAAGUCACCAGUGCUAUGAAGUCUGUGCUUGAGCAGGGAAGAGUUCCCAAAAAUUUACAUGUUGAUCAGGGUAAAGAGUUUUACAAUACAGAAUUUAAAAAGCUCAUGAAACGUCACGACAUCAAUUUAUAUUCAACAUAUUCAAACAUGAAAGCGAGUAUAGUUGAGAGAUUCAAUCGAACCUUAAAAACUAAAAUGUGGCGAGAAUUCUCAGCUCGUGGAAGUUACAAAUGGAUUGAUAUGCUUGCUGAGUUGGUAAAUACUUACAAUAAUACUAAACAUCGCACAAUAAAAAUGAAACCUAUUGAUGUAACUAAGGCUCAGGAAUGGUCGUUGCUGGAAAAUAUUUAUAUGCCAAUGAAAUCUCAAUCAUCAAAGAGGAAAAAAAAUAGAUUCAAAGUUGGAGAUGUAGUUCGCAUAAGCAGGUACAAGCAUGUAUUUGAGAAAGGUUAUACACCAAACUGGACAACUGAACUAUUCACAGUUACAAAAGUGCGAAAUACGGAUCCGGUAACGUAUGAGCUGGAAGACUGGAUUGGUAUACCAAUUAAAGGUGGGUUUUACAACGAAGAACUCAGCAAAGCCAAGUACUCAGAUAUUUUCCUCGUUGAGAAAGUGUUAAAAAAACGUGGAAAUAAAUUGUAUGUGAAAUGGUUGGGCUUUGAUAGUAAACACAAUAGCUGGAUUGAUGAAACUGAUAUGUAA